AUUGGGACUGUCCCCCAAAAAAAACAGGACAGUUGGAAGAUCUGCAUACAUUAGAUUUCAUGGCCAAAGAUUCAGGUUUACCCCAAGAAAUCAUAAAUGUUUGGAAUGAACACAUUCCAUGAAAUCCAAAAUGGGUAAAUAUGUCUUUAUACGCCUAAUGACUCAAGGGCAAUGCUUUCCUCAAUUUCUCAGAUAUAAAAAUGUCUGAAUUUAUUGAAAAAUUACUAAAAAAAACUUGAUAUUUACAGGGUUUUAUGUAUCACACGUCAUUCAGUAUAAGCAUAAAUCAUACUAACUAAAAUCCAGGGGUCUACUAAACAGCUUGAUUGCCAAUGAGAGUAUAUAUAGCAAAGUAUGUGGCAUGUAGGGGCUCUAGAAUUUAAACAGUGCAUAUGAUUUAUCACAGCUGUCAUUUCAGCCAUAGCAAAAUCAACACAAUUACAGCAUAAAAUGUGGGGGCAAGGCCAUAAAAAAAGCAAAAAUAAAGCCAUACAUUUUGGAAAGUACAUACAGUAUUCUCCCAAAUACAAAAUGUGUAGAUAUGUCUUUCUUCUCCACGCCUCAAAACCGAAAAGCUUUCCUAAUUUGUAGUAAUUUCUGAAUCGCCUCAGAGCUUCCAAUUUGCAGAAUCUUAUCUCCCAUAUGUCCAUAUAAGUACCCUGUAUGCAUUUUAUUUAUCACAGGAGUCCCAAAGACCCAUUAAAAUUAGUUAGUUUCAAAAAUUAUUACCAUGCCCAUUACCAAACUGUUUUUGUUAGUGGGGUUUUUUUUCUAAUUGAAAUUUCUACAAAUCACAGCAAAGCUUCCAUAUUACAGACUUUUAUUCAACCACAAAUCCUUAUAUGCCAAAAUCAAACACCUAAAUAUGAGUGCCAUGAGUAUAUGGAACAAUUUGUUGACUGAUGUAUUUGGGUUUUUAUGAGUGUAUGCAAACACAUUUUCGUGGUUAACACAUGCUAAAUAAGUACUCUGCAUGUAUGUUAUGUAUCAUAUGUCGUGUAGAUCCCCCAAACCAAAAAUAUCACACAUAAAAUUUUUAUGGACAAAAACAUAUAAUCCAGAAUAAAGCGGAAUGGCACAACUUGGAGUCGGGGUGCAGGGCUGGCCAGGAAGUGAGGUCAUGUGACGUGAGGUCUGUGGCAGAUGUCGCAUGAAAAAAGUUUGCAAGAAAAGAAAGAUUCAAGCUCCUUUAAAAGCUUUCACGAUGGCGCCUCGCUGGAAAACGACCUGCUACAGAAUUUACAGCUGUCAUCUCAAACAGUUCUAGAAAUUGCACAGAAGAAAGGGCGGUCCAAGUGUCCAAAAUGUAACAGUUCAAGGAUGUUCUAUUGCUACACAUGCUUUGUGCCAGUAGAAUCUGUUCCAUCAGAUGACAUUCCAGUUGUAAAGCUUCCCUUGAAAAUCGAUAUUAUUAAACAUCCUAAUGAAACAGAUGGGAAAAGCACAGCUGUUCACGCAAAACUCUUAGCUCAUGAGGAUGUUACAGUUUAUACUUAUCCAUGUGUUCCACAAUAUCAUGAUCAGAAGCAUGAGGUAGUCGUUGUAUUUCCUGGUCCAGAUUCAGUUUCUCUCAGUGAUUACCUGCUUUACCUAAGUAGUUCUGGUGAUCUGGAAAAAAAUUCUGCUUAUGAGCCAUCUUCCAAACGUCCAAAAUUUUCUCCGGAGAAUGACAAAAACACAUAUGAAGGCAUUGAUAAAAAGAAGCCUGUUAAUUUUUUGAAGAAAGUCAUCUUUAUUGACAGUACAUGGAACCAGACAAACAAAAUGAUAGCUGAUGAGCGUCUUCAAGGUCUCGUGCACGUGGAAUUAAUGGAAAGAAAGACGUUCUUUUGGCGCCAUCAGAAGGGAACCCCGAAUACUUACCUUUCUACUAUUGAAGCCAUUUACUAUUUUAUGGUAGACUACCACACUAAGAUAUUACAGAAGGAUUAUAAAGGAGAAUAUGACAACCUUCUCUUCUUCUUUUCUUUCAUGUACAGAAUAAUUAAUGAUGCCAAAAAAUCUGCCGGAAAAUUGUAAUAAAGGGUUUCUUUUUUGAAAAUUAAUAGAUUGCUUUAUCUAACUGGCAUUUAAGGGGGGAUUCGUUUUGAUUAUUACUCUGUUAUUGAAUGUCCUAUCAUGUCCAAUAAAAAAAGCAGGCCAGUUAGCAAAUUUUCUCAGUAUCGGUGGCUAUAUAAAACUGCAAGUGAAUUUUAUUGUGCAACCUACAUAAUAAAUUCAGAUUGUUUGUGAUCUCUGUACAUUUGUACAAAUAAAGCUUUUAUACAAAUUG